UUCGAGAAGAAAUCAACAACACAAACAACAAACCAAUGUGCGACGAGCAAACGCAAAAAUUGCUCGAUUUGGCCAAUGGGCAGCGACCACCCGGAAGUCGCCUUGUCAUCGAGCAAGGCAGCUUUGCAAGUCGAUUAUGGUGGCUCGUCAAAGCUCCGUUCAGGACUCUCAUGUGUUUGUCCUUGGUAACAAUUUUCUUCGCAACGUACUUUGGAUUUAUGCUCCCCGUUAUGUGGGCACGUACAGUGUGGCCACGCUUGUACUGGUUCGUUGAAGGAAAACUCUACAGAUGGCUUCAAUCAUUUAUUGCCUACUGGGGUUAUACAGCUGGAUAUGACGUUUACGAGUAUGGAGAUGAUGUUACAACUUACUACAGAGAUGAACGAGUUUUAAUGAUGUGCAAUCAUCAAAGUACUGCUGAUGUGCCAACACUGAUGACAGUUCUUCAAAAUAAGGGGGUUGCAAGUAGAAAGACUCUUUGGUUGAUGGAUGUAAUGUUCCGUUGGACUCCAUUUGGAAUUAUUGGAAAUAACCAUGGAGAUUAUUUCAUUCAACAAGGAAAAGCGACACGUGACAAGGAACUUAUAAGACUGAAGAAGCAUUUGCACGACGUUUUCUGGGAUCGUGAUCGUCGAUGGGUUAUUCUUUUCCCAGAAGGUGGAUUCUACUACAAACGAGUUGAAAGCAGCCAGAGCUACGGUAAAAAGAAUGGUUUCCCACAUCUUCUCUACACAACACUUCCUCGCAUGGGAGCAGUUCAGGCUAUUCUUGAGGAGGUUGGACCCAGAACAGAAGAUUCUGAUGAGCCGAGAGAGCGUAGUAAUAGUAAAUUGAAACUCUUGCAAGACACUGUUGGUGCAAUUCGUGAGAAGAAAUAUGUUAAAGAUACUCGUCCACCAAUCAAAUAUGUUCUUGACGUGACUAUCGCCUAUCCAAACGGAAUUCCACUUUCUCUUGCAACAUUCGGUUUAGGAACUCGUGAGAAAUGUGACAUUGCCGUGAAUUAUAAAAUCUACGAUGCGGCUGAGGUUCCAUUCGAAGACGAAGAAAAACUUCGAGAUUGGAUGUAUGAGGUUUACAAAGAGAAAGACGAAAUGCUAGCUCGAUACUACUCAACGGGAGAAUUCAAUCCAGGAGAGAAAGGGACACGAAUAGCAUUCUCAUGGGCCAAGAUUAUCGGAAUGUACGGUUUCUGGUUCGGAUCAUUCUAUGCUCAAUACAAUGUAUAUUCAUAUCUUAUUACAUCAAUUGCUAAGUUCCUUCUAUUCCCGUUCUCAUCAUAAUUUCCUUUACUUGUCCCUUCCUCUCUAUCAUUAUAAUUCAAAACUAUUUUGAUCUCUAUUGACUGUUUAUUUCGCCCCGUUCAAUUUUCAAUCCUGCUUUACAAGUUGAUAGUUUUCUUUUCAUUACGGCUAGGUUUUUUCUAUCCCACCAUUUUCCUUAAUCUAUUCUUCUGGUAAACUUGGUUGUUAUUAUCACAAAACGAAUUGAUUAAACACUCGAA